GAUCGUCAUCAUCACUAAUUGAUCACCUGAAUAAAAUCUCUGUUCAUCGGUAGUCUUCACCUCUUCGUCCACAUUUAACUUAAAUUCCGGCCUCCCGCGUAUCUCUUCAACCUGUUGCAAUAAUGGAAAUUCAGGAGGAAACUGAAGUAGUAGAUCAUCAUCAUCAUGUAGUAGAAGAGACAAUCGAAGUCAGUCCCGAAUUGGCCGGUGUAGUGGAAGCGGCGGCGGCGAUACAGAUCAACCAAGAAGAACAACCACAACCGAUAAUCGUUGCAGACGUGCCGCCGUCGCACCGCCACCCACGUUCCAAUGCUCCUCCUACCGAAGCCUCGCCUCCCUUCUUCGUCGUCAUCCAUCGACCACCAACACCCACAGAUAGUCCCGGCCUGCGCCGAGUUCUGGUUACAAGCAUAAGGGCCAAGUUGCUAAGCUACCCUAUUUCUCUAGCGUUUAUCCUCUUCACUCCUUUCUUCCUUUAUGGUUGUGAUGUAGGGUUGAUGAACGCGGCGAAGGAGAUAGAGAAAGAUCUCAAGAUCACGUCCUUGCAGGCUGGGUUCUUGGCCGGCUUCAUGACAAGAGUGCCAGGCAUCCUCGGCGCACUGUUCGCCGGCGUGACGGCAAAUCUCAUCGGACGGAAGUACGUGGCUUUGAUAGGCAGCGUGCUCUACCUUAUCGGAGCGGUAACCAUCUUGUUCACAGGUGAGUACACCACUUCCAUGGCCGGGCGCGCUCUGACGGGCCUGGGGAUCGGAGCGGGACUCGUAAUCGGGCCCGUUUUUAUAGCUGAAGUCGCGCCUUCAAAAAGACGGGCCUUUUUAACCACUUUCCCCCAGUUGCUCUUAAUUUUGGGGUGGGCCUACGCGUGGAUACCGUCGGCCCAUCCACGUUGGCGGGCAAAGCUGCUGAUAAGCGCGGGCCCAUGCUUGGUCUCCACGCUACUCCUCGCUUGCUUGCCGGACACGCCAUGUGCGAUAAUAACCAUGAGCGGGAAGCUGGAGGAUGCAGAAGAGGUUAUGUCGAAAUGUGGGGUUCCGGAGGGGGAGAGGGAGGCGAGGUUGGGCGAGUUACAAACGGCUGCCAAGAUUCCGAUACACCUCGUCACCAAUGAAGAGGCCAUCAAUGCACCAAGCAGAAGGAGGAGAAUCACAUGGUUCCUCGAGGACCCGGCCACGGUCACUGGUUUCACCGGGAGUUUGCUCAUGACUGCGGCUCUAUUCGUUGCUCAGGAGCUGGCACUCGAGCACAAAAACCUACAACACGCAGGACUCAUCUUUGAGAAGCAUUGGCACACCUAUAAGGCCUCCAGAGUAGCCAUCAUGGUCCUGGUCUGCAUCAAGGUGGUGGGAGCGUUGGUUCCGGUCUUCACAGCCAACGCCUCCGGACGUCGCAGGAUUCUUCUGCUUGUCAGCAUGGGAGCCACAGGAGUUUUCCUGGUAGCCCUUGGCGGGAUGUUGCUAGCGGAUUUUCGUGCGAGACGCACUACUGUCCCUUUCCCACUUUACUGUGUUGUGUUUGUUGGUGUUGAGCUGUCACCUGCCAUUGGACUGGGUGCAGUUCCCUGGAUGCAUGGUCCGGAGGCUUUCCCACUUCUGAUUCGGACGCCUUUCUUCGGCCUUUGCGUGGCCGUGAAGCUCGGUAUUAGACAAUUGUUGACAGUGAGACUCCCGCUACUCACCCACUCGGACACUUUAGGUUUCGGUUACCUGUUGCUCGGUGGGGUUCUGGCGAUAGGCUUCGUACUGUGCUGGAUAUUUUUCAGAGAUGACCGUACUCGUAAACUGUUAGUGGAUGAUACCGUUGCUCAUCGGUUAUGGUCAGUACUAGCUCUUAAAGAUCACACUCGUCGUCCUCUUCAAAAUGUUUAGCCGAGGAUUGAUACUUUUGCCCUUCCAUGUUUACAUAUAAAAUUUGGAGCAAAAGUUAUUAGUACAAAAUAAGCACUAGAAAGUAGAAAGAAAACAAUGUAGUUUCUAAGCACAUUAAUUCUCUAAUUUGUAAUUAUUAACGCAUCAUUACAUGUUUUGCUGUUAUUCUUGGUCUAGUUCAUUAUAAUAUGCUCAGAUUGUUUGUUUGAAUUGUUGGGCUUCAUGAUCUAUUGUCAUGGGCUUCAUUAUCGAAUUUCAACGGCAAUCACCAAUUAUAUAUGACACGGGUAAAAAUGGUAGAUAAAAGAACUGCUUCUGACUAUAUGCCAUGAAAUAUUGAUGUCUGUGGAAAUAAUUGGUAGUUCAAAGUUGUGGGCAUGUACAUCUUUUUAUUUAUGAACUAGAGGCGCCAAAAGCACGCCGGGAUUACACUAAUCACUCAGCUGAGAGCCAAGCAACGUAGGUUAAGAAAACAAAAGCAAAACAAAAAAGGAACACUCUAACAAAUCUUAUUACUUCAUUUCGAUCAUUUCUCCGACGAAUCAUCCAUAAUCUUUGGUGGUUUCGAUUCAAUUGAUUCUCCAAUGAAAUCUUGUUGAGGUUUUCAUGGCAACUAAUCCUUCGCCAAGCUUUGCUUCUCUUGUCUCCACACUGGCUGACGUCAAUCACGAGUACUUCAUCCCUCACGGCGAACAAUAUUAUUUUUGUGUUGUCCGAAAGAGAAUACCGAGGACUUGAUUGAACAUUUGUAAUAGUGUUAAGGACUUGAUUGUAUGUUUGUAAUAGUGUAGGAUUAAUUUUGUAAUGUUUAUUUUCUUUAUCAUUAGAUUAGGAUUUCAUUCAUAGGUGUAUAUAUAAUCUUGUAUCUGUAAACAAACUGUGUAAUUUCUCUUCCAAUUAAUAAAAUCUACAUCGGCAC